AUGCAUCGCGUUAGACUGAAAAUAGGCCAAUUCUCACGAAGAUGGUAUGGCUUCAGAGUUAGAAACGAUGUCUUUUGCCCUGGGAACAAAUCUGGGGGGUUGAUUUUGAACACAAAUCAGCGGGGCUUGGCACGUAUAUUGUGGAAGUAUUUCAAUGCUCCAGGGAAUGUGAUGUUUGUUACCAUGAAUAUCGUGACUUUUGCAGGCAUAGUUACUUAUAGCUCCCUGGUAUCUGCCCACAGAGAGAGGGUACUCGAAGAAAGAUUUUAUCUUACCCAAGGAGCUUUAGAGCAGGAGACGUUAUGGGCCCGAGAACACCAACAAAACGAGCAAGAGAUUUGCAGGAUACAAGGAGACGAGACGCAGGACGUUACUGAAGAUGCCGCUAUGGAUCUGGAGGAUGCCACAGCCUCUUCCGCCCUACCUGAAUAUAUAUCCAGUGACAUAUCGCUACCAAAAGCUGGCAAAUGUGAUACGUACAGCUCGCAGAUGGCUAAAAUGUCAUUAUUUCACAUGUUUUACGCUUAUUCUCUCUGCAAACAGGUAGCAUUCAAUAGCGUGGGUCGCGAAGAUCGCAGCGAACAAUGGACUAGAGAAGUUGAGUCUCUCAGGAAGCAGCAGGAGCUCCACUCAGGUGGAAGAAACACCAAAAUGAAUACACGCGCAUUUACAGACACAUUUUACAGCUCGUGGAGGGCCGAUUUUGCCGAAGUUUUUGCAGGCCUGACUAAGUCGCAACAAUUUCACUUCCCUGAUUGGAAACACUACCCGUUCGACUUACGUUACAUCUGCAAAACCCUGUACACUGGCGAAAUGAACACCAUAGAGGACUUCCAGAACUUCUACGAUUCGAUCGACGCCUGGGAGCUGAAGCGACUGCUGCGGCUCUGGCUCUACGACUAUUCCCAUCUGAUCAAACCGACAACCGGCAAGGAUAAGGAACUUUUCUACCAAAGGCUGAUCCAAGACUGCCAUAAUGACAACAGACUGUUUUGCAAAUACUCGUCCAUGCUUCUCGACCCUGCGAGCCCCUGCAAGAAUCUGUUCUUCAGGCCAUGUAGGGCAAUACCAAGCGCGUCAAUUAAAACUGUCCUUGACGUCCUGCAAGAAUAUAUUUCUCUCAAUGAGCUGCGAGGUAUAGCGCAUUACGACGCAAUCAUACGAAUAGUCUCCAUGAUCCGCACAGACUGCGUAAUGUCGCGCUCGAAGUCUGAUCCCAAAUCUGCGCAGCAGGUUCGCAUCUUGCUGCCGACGGACGGCGACAGGGCUCAGCUGCAAGCUGAAGUAAGCCAAGAGGAGCGGAAAAAGUGCUUCCAGCUUGUGAAGCGCAAUCCCCAGACGGUACGACUGCUCACAGCCAUUGCCUCCUGGCACAAACCCAGCGAAUAA